GAUGAAUAAGCAAAACCUCCUUCUCCACAUUUUCAGCUGCCGCUCUAUACCUCACCCUUAUUAUUACUCCCUCCCUCCCCAACCAAAAAUAAUUCUUCAAAAAAUCAUCUUUAAUUUUUUUUAAUUCUCUACAAGAAUUUGUCUUAUGGGAAUAUUUUAGAAGAUGGCGAUAGUUGAGUCCGUUCUUGAUCUCCCCGUGCAAGAUCCACCUGGUGAAGACUUCUCAGCAUCUGAUUUGAGUUGGACCAAGAUCGGAAAUGAAGAACAUCAUGAUGAUGUUUCCCUUAUUCCUUAUGAUCGAGUUGAUGCUUUUAUCAUUGGAGAGUGUUGUAAUGUGGAAUUCCCAACAAGGUUUCACAUUGAGAGGGGAAGGAAAAGAAGCAAAGGCAGUUUAAAGGAGUAUAAACAUGAUGAGUAUUUGGAAUACAGGAUGUAUUGGUGUUCCUUUGGCCCGGAAAACUAUGGAGAAGGUGGUGGUAUUUUACCAAGUCGACGAUAUCGGCUUAACACUCGAAACCGUGCCGCUAGACCCCAGUCCAUGAGGGGCUGCACAUGUCAUUUUAUAGUGAAGCGUUUGUAUGCCCGCCCAUCUCUUGCACUUCUUAUAUAUAACAACAGGCGUCAUGUUAACAGAUCUGGUUCUGUAUGCCACGGGCCACUUGAUAGAGAUGCUAUUGGCCCUGGUGCGAAAAAGAUUCCUUACAUUUGCAAUGAGAUUCAACAGCAAACUAUGUCUAUGAUCUAUCUUGGCAUUCCUGAGGAGAAUGUUUUAGCAAAGCAUAUAGAGGGUAUUCAACGCUACUGUGGUUCCGAUGCCAAAGUGAAUAGCCUUGCUGCUCAGUAUGUCCACAAACUUGGCAUGAUUAUUAAAAGAUCUACUCAUGAGUUGGAUCUAGAUGAUCAAGCUAGCAUAAGAUUGUGGGUCGACCGCAAUAAGAAGUCAGUUUUCUUUUAUCAGGAUUCAUCAGAAAAUGAUCCAUUCAUCUUAGGUAUCCAAACUGAAUGGCAAUUACAGCAAAUGAUUCGUUUUGGGCAUCGUAGUCUCAUUGCAGCUGAUUCAACAUUUGGUAUAAAGAAACUUAAGUAUCCUUUGUGCACACUUCUUGUGUUUGACUCAAGACAGCAUGCCCUUCCUGUUGCUUGGAUCAUCACCCGCACAAUUGCCAAGCCUGAUGUGAGUAAAUGGAUGAAAGCUCUACAUGAUCGUGUCCAUGCUGUUGAUCCAACAUGGAAAGUCAACGGUUUUCUAAUCGACGAUGCUGCAGCAGAAAUUGACCCCAUAAGGGAGAUAUUUUCAUGUCCGGUUCUAUUUUCACUUUGGAGGAUCCGUAGAUCAUGGUUGAGAAAUAUCAUCAAGAAAUGUAGUAAUAUUGAGGUUCAAAGAGAGAUAUUUAAGCGUCUAGGAAACAUAGUGUACAGCAUUUGGGAUGGAAGUGAUCUUUUUGUUGCUUUAGAAGAAUUUUCUCAAGAUUUUGCUGAUCAAAUGGCCUUCUUGCAGUAUUUCAAAGCCACAUGGGUGCCUAAAUUUGAAAUGUGGCUUACUACAAUGAGGACGUUACCUCUUGCGAGCCAGGAAGCAUCUGGUGCAAUCGAAGCAUAUCAUGUGAAGCUGAAAGUCAGACUAUAUGAUGAUUCACAUCUUGGAGCACUCCAGAGGGUUGAUUGGUUAGUUCACAAAUUGACGACUGAGUUACACUCUAGUUACUGGCUUGACCGAUAUGCAGAUGAGAGUGAUUCUUUUCAAAAUGUGAAGGCGGAGUAUAUUGCCACUACUUCUUGGCAUAGAGCUCUGCAGAUUCCUGACGCUGCUGUAACCUUGGAUUCCACGGAUAACUCCUUUGCAAAAGUUUUGAGCCAGAAAGACAGCAGUAUAGCACGACUAGUUUGGAAUCCUGGCUCGGAAUUUGCCCAUUGUGAUUGUGAAUGGUCAAUGCAAGGAAAUCUGUGCAAGCAUGUUAUUAAAGUCAACAUGAUAUGUGGGAAUCUUCAAUCUUAUCGACCUUCUAUGUCAUUUCAAUCAUUCAGUGAGAUUCUAGAUAGUCUAUCAAAAAAACCGGUGGAUGAUUCAAUUGCGAUGGAUUUGUCAACAGCAUGGACGCAUCAGAUGCUUGAUCAAAUUCAGAAGCUUGUUGAGCUAAACCAGUCUAAUGAUAUUGGCACCAUAGUAAACAAUAUGCCUUUGAAAUGGGUUGCUAGAAAGGGCAGAACUUCAGUUGGCAGGCCAUCAGCUCGUGCUCUUCUUCCCUCCAGUACCAACAAUAAUAUAAGUAGUUCUGCUGCUAAAAAGAGUCAAAAGCGGAAGAGAUUAUCAAGAAUAUUCUGAUUGCUUGUGGAAGACGGACAAAUUCCUCCGGAGCUUUGUAUGGGUGCUAAACAGCUAUCAGCCCCGUCCAUUUCAUUUGGCAGACGGCUAUUCUGCGAUUACUUCCUUGAUCAUACCCCCGUUGGUUAAAACGGCUGUUUUAACCAACAUUAUGCGGCCACCACUCAGACACUCGAUGCCAAUCCUUGUGUAUCAAGCGAUUGACUGGUUUCAAGAACUGAUCAGAUAAAUUUGCUUAUCCAGCAAGAAACCUUCCCUACCGGUGAAUGUAAAGGCCAGGCUUCGUUGGUGGAGAUGCAACGUGAUUUUAUGGCUACUUCAUAAACAUAUCUGAUUGAGUUCACUUCUAGCUUUGAGAUGAAUAAUUUUUUACCUUUGAACUCGGGAGGUUUUCGGCUAUACAAACAGAUUUGGAUGCAGAAAUUUUGUCGAAAAUGAGCAUAUCACUAUGGAUAACUAUCUUAUUGUUUGAACACACAAUUGAGGCUUACAAACAUUAGGAUGAUAUACAAUGUACAUAUGCUUGUAUAUGGAUUUUGCUUCAGAUUCAGUUGAGGAAACAGCAGGUCUGCUUAGUUGAACACAUUGAUUUAGACACAGUAUUUCUUGGUCUAUAAUAAUAUUUCACUAUGACGGCCAAUUUUUCAUGUUAUGUUGUAUUAUAUGUUCUCUAUAAUAACAUUUUGCUAUAGCAGUCAAAAAAAAUCUGAAUAAACAACACCAUUAUAGAGAGAUUUGACCAUAUCUGUGUCCCUUUUGGAACUGGUUCUUUCAAUAAAAAAAAAAGAUUAAGAUUUGGCUUUUGUAA